UGCUCGCAUUUUGACCUAUUUGGGAGCACCUCAGCGUAACGGACUUUUAUCAGUUUAUCUGUGCAGAUGCAUUUAACGUUUGUAAGUGGAAAAAAAGAGAUUGUGAUAUUUUAUAUCUUAGCUCGUAUAGUAAAUAAUGCAUUCUGAACGUAAUAAAACUGAACGCAAAUCUGACGUGAACGUAGACGUUGAGAAACCACGGUACGUUCUCUACGGUGUUGAAGACGUUCCAUCGCCUCCAGUAUGUUUUCUUUUCGGUUUGCAGCAAGCUAUCAUGUGUAUAGGAGGAACUCUAUCCCUGCCCUAUCUUAUACCCGGACUUAUCUGUGCGGAGGGGAAUUACGAACUGACUUCCAAGUUAAUGAGUAUAACUUUGUUUAUGUGUGGAGUGGCGACCAUUCUUCAGACACUGUUUGGUAUAAGACUUGGCAUAGUGCAGGGAGGCUCUAAUUUGUUUCUUUUACCGAUCAUUGCAAUGAUGGCCUCAGACAAAUGGAAAUGUCCGAACAUAGAUGAUGACAGUUUGAAUUCCACGGACACUGGAGCAGACCGCGAAGAACUAUGGGAAAGUAGAAUGAGAGAAAUCCAGGGAAAUCUAAUUGUUGCCUCUAUAACUCAAGUUGUGCUUGGCUGUACUGGAGUACUUGGCAUCCUACUGAGGUUUGUCGGACCAUUAACAAUCGCACCAACAAUAACUAUGAUUGGUCCCCUCCUUGUCAGUAUUUUGAUACAGCUAUGUAAUCAGCACUGGGGUAUUGCAUUUUUGUCGAUGGGGCUCACACUGCUAUUCAGCGCCUACCUUGCUAACAUAAACCCACCAUUUCCGGCAUGGACCAUGCAAAGACGUUUUCACAUUGUCAAAUUCCCGUUAUUUCAACUGUUUUCGGUAAUACUUAGUCUAGGUGUUGGUUGGUUCUUCUGCUUUAUUCUUACCGCCUCUGAUGUGUUUCCCAACAACUCCACGGAUCCUAAUUAUUUGGUGAGGACAGACGCCAAACUGGAUGCUGUUGAGAGGGCUCCUUGGCUGUAUUUCCCAUAUCCUUUCCAGUUUGGUACACCGACAGUUAGUUCUGUGGGUUAUGUCGGAUUCUUGGUGGUCACUUUGGUCUCAGUUCUAGAAUCAGUGUGUGAUUAUCAUGCUGCCGCCCGGAUGACAGGAGCCCCGCCCCCACCACCUCACGCUGUCAAUCGUGGAAUAGCUAUGGAAGGUAUUGCCAGUAUCGUUUCCGGUAUGGUAGGGGCAGGACAUGGUACUACUUCCUACAGUCACAACAUAGGUGCCAUAGGAAUAACAAAGGUAAUAGUAUACACCUAGAAUAGUACUCGUAUUUCAUUUUUAUGCCCCCGAAGGUAGGCAUAUUAAAAUCACACUGUCCGUCCGUGCUUUUGUGCGUGCGUCCGUGUAAAUUAUUGUCUGGGUUGUAACUGUGCCAUCCAUAAAGGGAUUUUAAAAUAACUUGGCAUUAAUGUUCACCAUAAUAAGACAACGUGUCAUGCGCAAAAUCAAGACCCAUAGCUCU